AUGGAUAUCUCAGCGCUCCAACAAACAUGCACCCGCAUCCUCCUAAACCCCGACUACCAACCCCCCCUCUCCCUCCUAAAAGCCCUCCGCAACGGCCUAGUCUACGGCACAAAAAUCCGCUUCCCCCACGCCCUCGUAAUGAUCCUGCUUUUCCGCAGCGGUCCCUUUCCCGCCAAACUCGCCUCCGUCCUAAAAGCCACUCGCCAACACGCCACCAAUCUCGCCACUUUUGCCUUUUUGUAUAAAGCCAUCAUGCUGUUGCAGAAGAUGGUUAGACCGCAGCAGAAAGAGUGGAAGGGUGAUUCGUUUGUGGCUGGGUUGGCGGGUGGGUAUUGGGUUUUUGGUAGGAGGAAGAGUUCGGUUAAUCAGCAGAUUGUUAUUUAUGUUGCCGCGAGGGUGGUGCUUGCGGCUGCGAGUUUGGCUUUCCAGCCAAGAGGGGAUAAUACAUUGCUAGGAGGAAAGUAUGGAGGACGAGGUGGCAUGGGCUUGCUCUCGAUGAGUGAUAAGAACAGAGAGGCUGUGAGGGCGCAUGCUUGGCCUGUGUUUGCGAGCUUGAGUUGGGGCUGUGUCAUGUGGAUGUUCAGGUUCUAUCCUGAGAUGCUGCAGCCGAGCUUGAGAAGUUCGAUGACUUAUCUGUACGACAACGCCGAUCACUGGGACUCGUUCAGGAACUUCUUGGUGCAUAACAAAUGA